AUGGGACAGGCCGCUCGUGAUCGAGUCAAGCAGCUUGAGGAACAGGUGGUGAUGCUGAAGGGCGCUUUGAACGACGCGAAGAAGACUAUGCGAAAGAAUGCUCCAGUAACCAAUCUGUCACCCACAACAUCCGUGUACCAGGGUAUUUCAGACACAGAAGCAUUUGGAGAACCCGAUGAAGCUCUUCCAGCCGCGGCUGGGCAUAUUGAGUGGUCCAGUUCGAGUGUAACAUAUGUUGGCAACGCACAUUGGAGAGCAUUGCUGGAAAGUAUACCCGGACUCGAGCAUAUGAUUGGGGAUGGCCUCCAAACAUCCAAAAAUGCACGACAGGCCACAAAGCCACAGAUGCCAGGUCCUCUGUCGGGAAUCGUCCCGCUCGUCGACCGUGCAGAAAUCCUUGCAGCGCUCCCUCCAAGAGACACCGUGGAUAUACUAUUACAAGAAGCCUUUGUCAACACAGACAAUGAACGCAUGAUAGUUCAUGUUCCAACAUUCCGCAAAGAGUAUCUCCAAUUCUGGAACGAUCCGGAUUCAACUUCAAUCAUCUGGAUAGGUGCCUUGUUUAGCUUGAUGUGCCUAUCCAUACAAUAUCAACAAUUUUCCUCAGAUGAGGCACGGAGACUGCAGGUUGCGACUUCGGAUCCUCAGCAGUUAAUCACAACAUUCCAUAUGAGAAGCACCCAAUGUUUAUUACUGGGCAAUUAUCUGGAGGGGCCGCCUUAUACUGUCGAGACAUUGCUACUGCAUCUCCUGGCCGACUACUUGUCUGGUGACCAUACGGAACCAAGCAGCGCGACAUAUGCACUUUGGGGACUUAUUGUACGCAUUGCUCUAAAAUCAGGGUACCAUCGUGAUGGCUCGCAUUUCCCAGGCAUGUCAGCGUUUCAGGCAGAGACCAGACGCAGGGUUUGGUUGAUGAUCCUCCAAUGGGAUAUCUACUUGACUUCACAGCAGGGACUACCACGGACGGUUGUGCGGUCACAAUACGACACUGCAGAGCCACACAAUCUGGAGGAUGAAGAUUUUGACAGUAACACAGUCGAGCUGCCUCCGGAGAGACCGCUCUCGGCAAGGACAACUGCCCGAUAUCACGCAGACAAGACCAGGCUCCUCUCGGUUUCCAACAGCAUCAACGAACUAUGCAAUGCACUCAGACCGGCACCAUUGAACGAGGUGCUGAAAUUGGAUGACUUGCUCACGGAGACCUAUGAAUCAGUUGCACCACUGUGGGGGAUGAACGGAAAUAAUCCGUCGUCACAGAAAGGGUACUUGCACGGUUCGUUCUGCAACGUAAAGGGUAUGUUUCUAGGCGUUGUCUACAGCAGAAGCCAAAUCGCGCUUCACCAUCGAUAUCUGGUGGCAGGGAGGACCAUGCCGCAGUACGCCAGAUCACGGAAGACAUGUAUCGAGGCUGCUCUGACCAUGCUGCAACACCAGUGGAGGUUGUAUCUCGAGACGCAGGUUGGCGGGCCACUGUGUCGGAACGGUUGGAAAUUCUUGUCGUUGUUGGUGCCGGAUUUUCUUUUCGCUACCGCAUUUCUGUGUACCGAACUCGCACAGGACUUGUCUGAAGAUGGUGCCCUACCACCGACGGCCAACGACCCCCUAGAUACGAAGGCUCGGGUGUUCUACUCGUUGAGCAGCGCGUACAUUGUCUGGCUGCAGUCAAGAAAUUACGACUCCUCCCGGGCGGUCCAAACCGUCGUCGCGGUGAUGAAGGCGUUGUUAACCAUGGCGCAAGAAGCCGGGUUUGGAGGUCUAGGUGCCAAUGGUGGGCCGUCAUUCGCAUCAUCACGGUCUCUUCUCCAGCCACAGUGCUCUACGGCGCCGGCGCCAGUGUCCCCGGACACAGAGCACAGCAGGCCAGAAACUCCGGUGACGUAUCAUAGCAUCACCCAUUUUCCGAUAUGA